CACUAGAGGAGCAGCAAGCAUGGACGUGGAAGACUUUCCUCCCCCACCUCCUGAAAUGUUGGCAGACAGCGUCCCAGACGAAGAUGAGGGGAAAGCCUUUGACUUUGAUGAGAGCGGUGAUGACGUCCCUGAGGCUGCCCCCCCUCCCCCUUCACCUCCAGCUCCUUCAGCCACCAGCUGCCAGGAUCAGAGCCAGGAGAAUGUGGUGGCCAGUCCCCCUGAGGGCCAGCUCCCCGACCUGGACCCCCCAGCACCUUCCCUCACAUCCGACACACUUCCUUUACCAGCAGACGCAACUGUCGCCACGGAUGAAGCCUUCAAAGCAGGUAGAGGAACAGGAGAAGAAGAGGGGACUGUUGAUACAGAGUCAGAUUUACCUCCACCUCCACCCCCUCCUCUUCAUGACGACACAGAUCCUGGGACACCAGGCAGAGAGGGCCAGGAUCCAUCCCUCGACGACCCUCACCCUCCCCAAUUCGUCGCUAGGACCUCCUCCCAGAGCAAAGUCAACCCUUACUCUGUCAUUGACAUCACCCCUCUGCAGCUACAGCAGCUUGAGCAUCUGCAUGCGCCCUCCUCUUCCACUUCCUCACCUACGGAGCCCAAAGGACGAGAGGAAGAGGCCCAAGAUGUCCAGACAAGUCCUGUUGGCAUCACCUCGGGAUACUCAGUCCCAGUGCCUUGUGGCUACGCAACCCCCUCGGGUGUACCACUCCUCACACCAGCGUACACCACACCUGUCAUCUUUCGACACAUCUCCGUGGAUGAAGAUGCGGUUGGGACUGGAAACACUUCUGGUGACAGUGCUUUAAUUGAAGAGUAUCCACCUAUUAGAGAAGAGGAUGCUUUGGCCAAAUGGGCAUCAGAUCCUGCCAACACUGCAUGGAUGGAAAAUCCAGAUGAGGUGAUUUAUGAUGACGUAGCCAGAGAGAACUCUGACUCCAACACGGACCCGGAUGAGAUGAUCUAUGAUGACGUGGAACUUGGAGAGGAGGGCGGCUGCAACAGCUCCCUGGACAAUGGAUGGAGCUCUAGCGAGUUCGAAAGCUACGACGAGGCCAGCGAUGGCGAGGGCCUCCCUGAGAACGGACUGCCCCACGCCUUCAUGAGAGGAAAGCCGCCCCAGAAGAAAACCCAUCUCUCUCAAGAUCUGACUCGCUUGAAAGAACACUAUGAGAAAAAGAUGAAAGAUCUAAUGGCAAAUACAGUGGGAACGGUAGAGCUGCAGCAGUUAAAACAGAAACAAGAGCAGAAGAUGCAAAAGCUGGUGAAGGCCGCCAAGGAGGGGACCAAAGAUGGGCUUGAGAAAACGAGAGCUGCAGUGAAAAAGGGUCGCUCUUACAUCAAAACCAAGUCGUUCUGUCAUGAGAGGAAGUCAGUUGGUUUUGAAGAUGAGGAGUCUGAACUCUUCAUCGAAGUGGACUGUUUCAAUGUUGAGCCAGUGCUGUGUCCCGCACCAGAAGGUCUUUCUCAGCAACAGCUGGUGAGAAGAUGUAUAUUGGGAUCUAUUUUGGAGAGUGAGAAGAACUAUCUUGAAGCAUUGAAGAGGAUACUGGAGCAAUAUGAGAAGCCCAUGUCCCAGCUCGAGCCCAAGCUGCUGAGCGACAGGAAACUGAAGAUGACUUUCUAUCGGGUGCGUGAGAUCCUGCAGUGCCACUUCCUGUUCCAGAUUGCCCUGGCGAGUCGUGUGGCUGAGUGGGACAGCCUGGAGAUGAUCGGGGACGUCUUUGUGGCAUCAUUCUCAAAGUCUAUGGUGCUUGACGCCUACAGCGAGUAUGUGAACAACUUCAGCAAUGCAAUGGCGGUGGUGAGGAAGACGUGCGCAUCCAAACCUGGCUUCUUGGAGUUCCUCAAGCAUCGUCAGGAGACCAGCAGUGACAGAAUGACUUUGUAUGGCCUGAUGAUGAAACCUAUCCAGAGGUUCCCACAGUUCAUUUUACUCCUUCAGGACAUGCUGAAGAACACACCGGUGGGCCAUGCGGACCGUCUGGCCCUACAGAUGGCGCUGACUGAACUGGAGACGCUGGCGGAGAAGCUCAAUGAGAAAAAGAGGGAAGCCGAUCAGCGUUGUGAGAUCCGCCACAUUGCAAAGGCCAUGAAAGAACGCUACCUCAACAAGCUUCUGAGCAACGGCAGCCGCUACCUGAUUCGCUCGGACGACAUGGUGGAGACGGUCUACAACGAGCGUGGUGAAAUCAUUAAAACAAAGGAGCGCCGCCUCUUCCUGCUUAAUGAUGUUCUCAUGUGUGCCACACCCAAUAUUCGGUGUCAGGAUGUCAGCGGGAAUGGCAGUGGAAAUGUUCCACCUGACCAGAAGUUCCUCCUGAAGUGGAGCGUGCCAUUGAGCUUCGUCGAGGUACUGGAGUUUGGAUCCAGCGAGGACAUGGCGGACAGCAGCCGCUACCCGGCAGCUCAUUCUGGGGAGAAGGUGGUCAUCAACGCUAAGCCAAACAAACUCUACAUGGGCCCAGGUCAGUUGUACCAAGAUCUGCAGAAUCUAAUCCAUGACCUAAGCCUAGUCAACCAGAUCUCCAGCAUGAUCAGCAGCCUCAAAGGAAACUACCAGAAUGUGAACCCCACCGUGGCCCAUGACUGGGUAUCAGGUCUCCAGAGGUUGAUACUGAAGAAGGAGGAGGAGAUCAGGGCCGCUGACCGCUGCAGGAUCCAACUCCAGCUGCCUGGCAAACAAGACAAAUCGGGUAAACCCACUUACUUCAGUGCAGUGUUUAAUACUUUGAGCCCAGCCAUCAAACAGUCAUGGAUCAGUAACUUGCAGAUGGCGAAACUGGCUCUAGAAGAGGACAACCUGCAGGGAUGGUUCUUUGCAGAGGAUGAUGGGAACCAGAUCAAAAAGCAGAAACACCCCCUCUUGCUACGACAAAUGCCUGUGGUCAUGUCGAAACUACAGGAGUUCAAGGUGGAAUGUGCUGUUCAUAACCCAGAGCCCCAUGUCAACACAGAGAGCACAGCAGACACUCCCGUCGUGGGCCAUGGAUGUGUCUGGGUUGCAAGUUGCACCAACCAGAUGGGUCAGAUAGCCAUUGUGGCCAUGCAGAACUCCAGCCCGAAGGUGACCGAGUGUUUCAAUGUGGAGUCCCGGAUUCUCUGCAUGGCCUUUGUCUCAACUGAGCAACCCCAGGAAAAUGGCGAAAAGGUCCCAGAAAACAAACACGUCCCUGCAGCAAAGGCCAGCGAUUCUCCCAGUGUCUGUCUAGGCAUGGAGGAGGGCAGUAUCAUCGUGUAUAAAAGCAGCCAGCGGUCCAAGAAAGUACGUCUGCAGCAUUUCUUCACCCCGGACAAGUCCACUGUCACCAGCCUGGUCUAUAAGAAACCCUGUCUGUUCGCCGGCCUGGUCAGCGGCUCGGUGGCCGUUUACUCCAGAUCACAAGACGGUUUGUGGUGCAGUGACAAGCCCAAGGUGCUGAAGCUGGGAGUCCUGCCGGUCAAGGCCAUGCUGGCGGUGGAGGAGCAUCUCUGGGCGUCAUCGGGGGGCCAGGUCUUCAUCAUCAGCACCCACACACAUUCUGUGGAGAGGCAGCUGGAGACCCACCAGGAGGAGGGCAUGGUGGUGUCCCACAUGGUGGUGGCCGGGGUGGGCAUUUGGAUCGCCUUCAGUUCGGGUUCCACACUCCGCCUUUUCCACACGGAGACCCUGGAGCCCCUACAGGACAUUAACAUCGCUACACCUGUCCACAAUAUACUGCCUGGGAACCAGCGAGUGUCAGUGAGCAGCCUGCUGGUGUGUCAUGGUCUGCUGCUGGUGGGGACCAACCUGGGGGUGACGGUGGCCCUCUCUGUCCCCAGACUGCAGGGGAUCCCCAAGGUCACAGGUCGAGGCAUGGUGUCGUUCCACGCUCACAGCGGAGCAGUGAAGUUCCUCACCGUGGCUGCUGCGGUCUGCAAUCGAUCCACGGGCCCGGCCUCCCCCGCCCCUCCCGCCCCAGUCCAGCCAGCAGGGACUGAGGAUGCGGAGAACACCCCCCCGCCCCCGGAUGCAGCGCCGACUCCUCCUCAGGGCCGAGGCGUGUGGCUGGGGGAGGCGGGCUGCACGGCCAUGGCUCUCCGAGACUCUGCGUCCUCCUCGUCCUGCGGCUCCCUGGCCCCGUCCCAGGGCUCGCUGGAGCACGGGCCGGAGGACGGCGCCCUGUACGACGUGCUCCACGACCCCGCCCACCAGCGGAGGGGGCGGCGCUCCAGCAAGGUGGACGUGAGCUCGCUGCUGGUGGUGUCCGGGGGUCUGGGCCACCGCAGGGUGAACAAAAAGACCAAACCAUCUCGCCACGAGGACACAACGUCCACUAUCAUGAUCUGGCAGAUUCCUUUACUCCACAUGUGACACCAGAAACUCAUUGACGGGUUUCCGGCUCCACAGAACUCUCCCUGUGAGACGUGGUGUUAAACUUCACAGAAAAUCACAACUAAACGUGUUAUUUAAAGCAGAACUGCAUCGAGAACUCUGCAUCAUCGUCUCCUGCCAUAAAACACAAAGGAUCGAUAAAACCACUCAACCAUUACGCUCGAUACAAACACCAUCCGACAGACAAGUCGAAGGAUACUCUCCACUUGUUAAGGAUGUAUUUAAAAAAAACACUACAAGGUCUUUUCAUUUCACUCUCUGAUAAAAGUGUUCUAUAACAUGGCUAAUACAUUCCAUUGCUUCCCAGUGUUUGUGCCACACAGUUGACUGCAGUGUUUAAACCAGUGUUGAAAAGGAAACGGGACUCGAUCGACGACGUGGUCCUGCUCAAAAGGCUCGCGAGGAAACGACCGAGCUUUGAAAGUGUUACAUGGAAGUUUCUCGUACGAUUAUUAGGAUUUAGGACUUCAGAUCGUCUGUCAAGGCUCGAGUUGUGAACGUGACGUGUAGCAGCUCAGAUUCACAUGUGCAGCAGAUCUGGGGUCAGAGGAAGUUUUUAUAUAUAUGGAAUCAGAUGCUUUUUUUUUUUUUUUUUACCAUUGAAGCUGCAACUAUACUGUAAACAGAGCAGAGAAAGGGAUAUAGAGAAAAAAAGGUGAAGUAUGGAUGACUGAAUUAGUUUGAGAGGGUCUGAGGAGAAUCCCUGGCUGGCCAGGGAUUCUGUUCAUAAAGGGAAGAAAAGAGUCUUUAUCACCACAAGAGAGUUUGUUGUUUCCCCCUAAUGCAUAUUUGUUUCUCACAUAAGGAUAUUUUAAAAAAAGGAUGAAAAGCUUUAUACUUUGUUAUAAUGUGUAUGUAUGUCUG